CGUCUGCUUUGAUAAAAUCAAUGGUCCCAGAAACGCCGCUCUUUCUCCGUUCACGAGGAGGUCCCGGUGCUGCGGUUUCCAGUCACCGACUAUGAAAAUCUAUUCUUUGCUUUGACUAUAUGUAACUUGGCGGAUUUACGGGAAACGGCGGCUCUGAGCGCCCAAGCCGGAGGUCCGUCUCCUUUGUGCAGGUAAUAAGUCAUCUUGCCUUGAGCAGGCAUAGCUGGUAUUGGCCCGAGUUUCUCUACUUUGAUCGCGGGCUCUUUGAUUUUUACACCACAAUUAAGAACAUGAUGUUCAAAGCAACGAGGGAUCAGGGCGCGUUUGACGUUGAAGUGACAGCGUUUGCACAGAUGUGGUGUGAUACGUUUAUGAUGGUUGUUUUUGAGUGUACCACAUAACAGCGUUAUGACAGAAAAGCGUCACACGAAUCACACCUGCUUAUGAAGUUAGGCUAAAAGGGGAAAUUUCUGUUAUUGUCCAUAGUUUGAUCCGGCAUAUUGAUGCUGUUGGACUGUUGUAUUGAGGCACGUUUUCUGUAUUAUACCUUAUGUAGAUAUUAAGAAUGUGCAUUGCUGGGUACUGGCUUGUGCAGCGAUUUGGCUUCUUGAUUAGGUAUUAUUGUAGGAUUUUCCUUCACAUGGUGGUAGUGCGUUUCGUCUUCUCCCGUCAAGGUUUACUGCACCAAAGUGCAGUGUCAGCGACUAAGACGAGCAGUUUGGAAUCGGAUCUGAUGGUGGCAGUUUCAGACAUACCCGUCCUCUGAGGUAUGUCCGCGUACCGCAGCGCCGCCCCCCGGCUCCUCUCGCCUCUUCCACCUGCCGCACGUACGAGAGGCUCUCAGCCAGUAGCACGGUCCACGCGGGCUGCAGCAACCUGUCCCCAACAAGUUCCCUAACCAGCACCGCAACGGGGUACCGAAACCCCGACCCUUAACAUCCAUGUUCUGGAAACUCUUUGACUUUUAUACGUGUAUCGGCUGCUUCGCUUUCGCUAAUCCACCUAUGCGAUGGACUGUGUGAUCCAGGUGAAAAAUUAACAUCAAAGCCGCGAGCGCAUCAAGGAUCAAGGAGUACGGUUUCAAAAGGGGAAUCUAUAAAGAGAGUCAUUAGCAUAUGUCAAGAGCAUAUUUACAUAUGCGAUGUAUAUAAACGGGAGCAGAAUCUGAGCUGUGCAUCUCACUGGCCGGGACAUCCCGCGGGACUGCAGCAGGGGGAUACCGGCUCCACGGAGAGUUGGCAUGCGCUAGGAAGCGGCUCUCAUCCGUCACGACGCCUUUUGACGACCUCCGAGACUUCACUUGCUGCAACUUUCCCCGUUUGCCAUGGCUGCCGUAGCCGAAGUGGGGAGCUUCUUCCCCGGCCUAGAUGGCUUCGCCCAGGGGUCCCAUUUCGCGAUGACGCCGGCCACGGGAAGCGCGUCCCUGUUAAGCCAUCAGCUGGUCCCGGCGGAGAGGCUGUCCAGGAGUGCCCCCGCAGACCUCAUGCACCUGAAAGGCAUCCUCCGGCGGAGGCAGCUCUACUGCAGAACUGGUUUUCAUCUGGAAAUUCUUCCCGAUGGUACCGUGCAGGGGACGAGAAAAGACCACAGCCGAUUCGGUAUCCUGGAGUUCAUCAGUCUGGCCGUGGGCAUGGUGAGCAUGCGCGGGGUGGACAGCGGCUUAUACUUGGCCAUGAACGAGCGGGGAGACCUCUACGGAUCCGAAAAACUUACCGCUGAGUGUGUCUUCAGGGAGCAGUUUGAGGAGAACUGGUACAACACGUACUCCUCCAAUAUCUACAAACAUGGAGACAAGGGUCCUCACUACUUUGUGGCUUUGAACAAAGACGGUACGUCGCGGGACGGCGCCAGAUCCAGACGGCACCAGCGCUUCACACACUUUCUGCCGCGGCCUGUGGACCCAGAUCGGGUGCCACAGUUGUACAGUGAGGUUCUGGGUCCUGGUUGAAGUAUCGCCAGCAGCACUGGAAUUCUUGAGACUCUUCUGGAACAUUCCUUCAUUUUUGUAGAUCAUCUGAUGGCAGUAGCGGGCAGUGAUAGGGGUAAUGCGUGGGACAUUCUGACCUUCGUUCCAUGUUGGCUGGUGACACAUGAAUGCUGCGGAUCCCCCUUAAGGCCAGGAUUCACUCACAUGGGAAGAGGAGGAAGAGAAGGACCCAUGGACUCUGUCCUCAUUCCCUUCCUUUAGCCCAGGAAAGUGGAGUGGAGUUUUUCACGGAGAAAUUCGACUGAAGGGUCUGCCGUGAGGGAUGGAGCAAAGGACUCUGGGAAAUCUCCCUGAGAGAGCACAUUGCAGCUGGUACCAUUUCAAAUGACUUUAUUUAUGCAUUUUUUGACAUAUAUUUAUUUUAGAUCAUUAUUUAUUUGAGAAUAUAUUUUUCACUGGUAAAUAUUCUAUAUAAAAAGUAGGUCAGUUUUGUGACACCGUCUCCAUGGGUGUCAGAGAAAUGGAGAAUUUGUUUGGUCUUGCUGAAGGCACUAUUUUCUAAAUGAUUCCUUGCAAUUCGAACUGUGUUACUGUGCCACCUCCACUGUGUGAGGACCAGCCUGGCCCGCUGCUUUCUAGAUGUUGUGAGAAGUGCAGGACACUGACUGUGG